GCUACUGGUGUUCCGCUCGAAUGGGACACCAAGAAGAAAGAAAACGAGAGCAACGCCGCCACUACUGGCACCCCUGUGUGUAAAAAUUCCAGUAGGUAGGUAGUAGUGGCCAUCAUCGAAUUUCGGUGCAGCUGCAGCAGUCUCGUGACUGGAGCCUCGCCCCGAACAACCUCGACCUUUCCUCUCUCAUCUUAUACCCUCGAGAAGGUUUCCUCGGCGACGAUUGCGUAAGUCCGACCCUGAAACCCACGAGCGCGAGCGAGAGAGAGGCUAACAUGGAGUCGAAGAGUGGGAGUAAGCUAGAUUCAGAUAGCGCUGCCGAGGCAGCAACAGCGAACACUGGCAACGGCAGCGUAGCGCCGACCGACUUAGUACAGCCGACGUACAAGCAGCUGCCGGACGAGGACGUGAACUGGCAGGCCAGGAAUAACGCCGAGGAGAAGGAGCAGCCUAAUAAAGCAGCCAUGGGCAAGCAGAACGGCACCGACCCCGAGCACGACGAUGGGGCGCAGGAGCGGAUGCUCAAGGAUGAUGUCAAGCUGUCCGUCGUGCCCAGCAAGGAUGCCUCUGAGGUCAAAUUCAUUCCUGAAAAUGGAGAUGCCAAGAUCGAUAUCGAGACAGUUAAACAGUCUUUGUCAGGCAUGGGCAAAGCAGAGCUGAUGAAAUACGCCAACGACCCGUUCUGGAUCAGACUAAGAUGGUUCCUCUUUGUGGCAUUCUGGGUCCUCUGGGCUGCCAUGUUGGCCGGGGCUAUUGCUAUUAUUGUAAUGGCGCCAAAAUGCUCGCCACCACCACCCAAAAAGUGGUGGGAAGAAAGUCCUAUAGUUAGGUUGGAUCCAUCUGACUCUGCCACAAAAGACUUGAGUGGCUUGGAGUCUUACCUUGAUAUUCUCAAAGAACAGCACGUCAAAGCUAUUUCUUUGUCGUCAAUCAUCAAGGAAACUGCACCUGGCCACACCGAGGACUACAAAGAUCUCAGCCAAAAAGUUGGUCUAUUCAGUGACUUUACGAAAUUUGUGGAAAAAGCAAAGGCAAACGACCAAAACGUUAUCUUGGAGUUGGAUCCAAAUCAUUCAUCUGACCAGCACCCGUGGUUCUUGAAAUCUAUUAAAAAAGAGGAACCUUAUACAUCAUACUAUGUAUGGGCUGAUGGAAAAGUAGAUCCUGAAAGUAGAACUCUUCUUCCACCAAAUAACUGGGUCAGCUUGAAUGGAGGCUCUGCAUGGAAAUUUAAUGAAGAAAGACAGCAAUUUUAUCUUCAUCAAUUUAAUGAAAGUCAGCCUGAUCUUAAUUACACUAACCCAGCUGUAGUCAACGAAUUUUCGGACAUUCUCAAGCACUGGUUGAAAUUAAGCGUUAAAGGCUUCAGACUCGCCAAUACACGUUACUUAGUUGAAGACCCUAGCUUGGCCAAUGAUUCUCAUAGCUCAUCUUAUCCAGCGGAAUCAGGGACAUAUCAAUCACUUCUUCACAUCCACACAAGAGACCAUCCUCAGAACGCUGUUGUAUUGAGAAAGUGGCGUGACGUUGUUUCAAAUUACACUAAUGGAGAUGGCUUGUUUGCGCUAAGCGACGACAUUGGACCUGAUGUUUUGCAAAUGUACAACCAACAGAAGACUUUAGUUGAUCUUCCCCAAAGCAUUAAUUUCUUGGCAAAUAUAGAUCCAACUGUCACAGCUUCUGCCUUAAACCAGAGUAUUUCAACAGUUUUGGCUUUUGCUUCUUGGCCCGGUAUCGAUUUCAAUGGCAAAGAAACCAGCCUGAGAAAACGUAUCCAUGCAGAAAUUGCAGACAGUUUAACUUUAAUGACGAUGCUACUUCCUGCUACUCCAAUAUUAAAGUUAAACGACACCAUUUCUGCCAAAGACGCAUUUGCCAUACUUGCAGAAACUCGUAAGAGUAAGCCGUUCCUCUAUGGCGAUACUAAAACUUACGUUUUGAAUAAUGGCACAGUUUUCGUGUACACGCGGAUCAAGAGUGGUACUCCAGGAUAUUUGGUGGCCUACAACAGCGCUUCACAAAAUACCACAAUGGAUUUAACUUCUGUAAAAUAUGUACCUGAAGAAGUUAGUGUUCACGCACGCAGCCCCAAUUAUGUAGAAAAUCUGGAUGUUCUUAAGAAAGUAAUAUCAAAUAAUGUGCCAAUAUCUCCAAAGAGCACAUUGGUUGUGACUUUUGCUCCAAAGAAGGAAUAAGUUAUAUUGGAGGAAAGGCAAGGUUGAGGCUUGAUUUGCAUUUACGUGUGUGUUCAAUAAAGCUUCAUUUAAAUUAAAUAAUAGAGUUAAAUACGCAUUAAAAAAUACUGAUUAAAAAAAUGUGUACUUUUUUUACUUUA